AUGUUUACGCAUUCUACGACCUCGCCCACGAAUCCAGGGCCCAGCAACGCUGCUGUUUCGUCCGUAUCUGCAUCGCCGGUAUCGACAACCCCCACCAGGACAAGUCGCCUCCGCGGCCUUAGCCUACUCCGAGACUACGCCCAAUCACACCUUCUCUCUCGUGACGGGCACGGCUCCCAUCACGCCCACGCCCACACCAACGGGCAUACCCAUUCCUCUGCUUCGACUUCCGCCCACUCUACCUCGCAGCCAACAGUCCUAUCGGGUACCAGUUUGAGCACAUCCGCAGCAGCUUCUACUAGCAACAAUAGCCAUACACACCCCUCAUCGACCCGAGUUCGGCUCUCACAGUUUGUUCCUGCUCUGGCGCACCCGCUUGGGCAGUCGCCUUCGUCCGAUCCAACGAGACACAAUAGCUGCACCUCUCCGGAAAAUAUCAGGGCAACCGACUCUUCCGCUCUCCCGGUUCCUUCAAUACCUCCCAGCCUAACGCCUGGAGGCUCUUCUGAUACAUCCUUUCCCCCAACAAGCUACGACAGUCGACCACAGGCCGAAACAAUGUCAGGGACGACGUCAGGUACCACAUCUUCAUCAAAUUCAACACCGGGGCCCAGCAACUUUGACCAUUUACCCUCCAUUCGAUUUAGUGCUUUCAUUGAUCCUCGCUCGCCCCGGCCCUCUCUGAAGUUCAACCCCAUCUCGAGAACCCUCCCAACCGGCAAAGAGGUCAUCCGUGUGGGCAGGUAUUCUGAAAAGGAGAAUUAUCCCCCUGUUGCCCCAAAUCAACCCUCAGCAGCGCCCGUCGGUUUUAAAAGCAAGGUAGUUAGCCGGCGACACUGCGAGUUUUGGUUCGAGAAUGGCAAGUGGUAUAUCAAGGACGUCAAGAGCAGCUCAGGGACAUUCCUCAACCACAUACGUCUAAGCCCCCCAGGCACCGAAUCGAAGCCUUUCCCGGUAAACGAUGGCGAUAUCGUCCAGCUAGGCAUUGAUUUUAAAGGAGGGGAGGAGGCCAUAUUCCGCUGUGUCAAGAUGAGGCUGGAGUUGAACCGUGGUUGGCAGAACAAGCUCAACACCUUCAAUAUGGAAACCCAUAAGAGGCUGCGUAAUUUGACUGGGAGUGGGUAUUCCCAGGACUGCGCAAUUUGCCUUAACAGCAUCGCGUGUAUCAAGACACUCUUGAGCGGUCCACAGUAUCCGAUCUUUAUUUGCCCCAACUGUCGUGCUGCAGCCGAUCUCGAGGCAGAGGUUGAAGACCCUGAAGAUUGGGAAAAAGUAGAGGCUGAAGAGUUUGGCAAAAACGCCUUGCCUUCCAAUGGAAACUCCGAGAACAACACCCCUGCUGCAUCGAACCAACAGCCACAACAGAGGCAGCAGCCCGUUAGCCCGGAAGUCAACAUGACUGACGCGCUACCGGUUCAGCAAAAUGUUCAGACGAACGGCCAUGCUUCAGAGAAUUCGUCGACAUCCAUGCCUAUACCUAUCAACAGUUGCAGCGGCACGCGACGAACCCCAUCUCCUGGUGGUGGUGAUGGUGGAGGCCGCCUGGGUACGGCGAAUGGCAACCAUGAGGGUCCCAUCACCCCGCGUAACGAUGCUGGGCCGUGGGUAUUUGAUGGGCAUGGCGAACGGAACAGACCAAACAGCAUCGCUGCGGCUGUGCUGGCAGCUGCCGCCCGGAAUCCUAGGCUUUUCUCACGAGAGAACCAGCAGUCAUGA